AUGCUGAAGGCCUGCGUCCACUCUGCGUCGCUCGGCGCCUGGGAGGAUUGGUUUAGCUGGCCUGACUCCUACGUCAUCGUCAAGCGCUGCAGCGGAGGCGUCUGCUACGAGCAUUGCCGUUCCAGCACGAUCUCGAACGACCGCACGCCGCGCUGGUCUCCGCCCUUCUGCUGUGAAUUCAACGCGAACGUCGGUGACUUUGCCGGAUUCUACUUGUGGGACGACGACUCGUCCUCCUCGGACGACUUCUCCGGCGUCGCCACUGUACGCCUCACGGACGUCACUCCCACGCCCACGUCGAUCCCGCUCGGUGGCGGCCCUGGAGAAUCGGUGGUCGUCAGCACGCAGUGGAUGCACCCUCCUUCACCACCACCGUCGCCGGCUCCGCCGUCGCCACCGCCGCCUUCGCCCGGCCCACCACCAACGUCGCCGACCCCGCUGCCGCCCUCGCCCGGCCCACCACCACCGUCGCCGGCGUCGCCACCACCGCCACCGCCGCCGCCGCCAUUUCCACCACCGUCUCCGCCGCCGCCGCCGCCGCCCUCGCCUGACCCAGCACCGCCACCACCCCCUCCCUCGCCCGGCCCGCUCUCGCCACCGCCGCCAAUGUGCGACGCGCCGCUCGACCUGGUGCUCAUCCUCGACCGCUCGGCAUCGAUGGCCGACUCGUGGCCGGCUUCGCCUGCGGGCACCGAAGCCGCAGUCCGCAGCUUCGCCGGCUCCCUCGUCAAUCACUUCCUCGUCGGCCCCGACGCGGCGCAAAUCGGGCUCAUCUACUUCUCCGACACCGCCGCUGUCGUCGCGCCUCUCGGCUCGAGCGAGGUCGAGCUGCUCAGCGAGAUCGAGUCGUACGACCCGCAGUGCGACGUCGGGUGCGACGACACCUGCUGGCAUGCCCACGAUGGCCAAUGCGACGAUGGCGGCAGCGGGUCAAGCUUCUCCGUGUGCGGCCUUGGCCGGGACUGCGAAGACUGCGGUUCUCGCUACUGCCUCUCGGCGACGUCCUCCGGCGGCACCAACAUGGUGGACGCGCUCGCGCUGGCCAAGGACUCCCUAGACCUGGCCCGCGAGGCGCAGAACGAGGCGACGGGCAACCCGAGGCGCGGCGCAGUCGUCAUGCUCACCGACGGGUCCAACCAGCCCGACUAUGGCGGCGACGAGCAGGCCAUCGCACAGGCUGGCCAGCUCAAGGCCGCCGGCUACCUCGUCGUCGCCGCCGGCUUUGGCGAGGCCGACGCGAAUGUCCUGGGCGCGAUGGCCUCGCGUCCGCUAGAGGAGCAUGCCUUUGUCGAGGCAAGCGCGGCGGACGUCGCGUCGGCAGUUCUCCCUUUCCUCUGCGAGAGUCUUACGAGCCCCGCGCCGCCGCCGGCCCCACGCCUUCCGCCUUCGCCCGCCCCGCCGCCUCCGUCCCAGCAGCCGUCGCCGCCGCCACCACCGCCGUCGCCUCCGCCGCCGUUACCACCACCGUCUCCGCCAGACCCGUCUCCACCGGCGCCGCUCCCGCCACCGGCGCCGGCGCUCCCACCCGUGACCACGCUUCGCGUUGAGGUUGGCGUCAUGACGCCUCUGCCAAAGGUUCCGUCCCGGCGCCAGCUCGCCGACGCCGUGGCGCUCGAUGGCGAGCUGUCAACGAUCUACGCGGCGAUCGUGGCGGCGACGGCUCCUGACAUGGUGCACACGCUUACGCUCACCGGCAUCACACCGCCCGAGACCUCGCCCGGCUGGACCAACAUCACCAUCGCGCUCACGCGCUGCGCCAGGAAGCUUCCAAGUGUGGUCCCUUCCGCCUGGCCCGCCGGCCCCGCCUCUGUCGCCGCCACUACCUUCGCCUCCUCCGUCGCCGGCGCCUCCUCCGUCGCCGGCGCCUCCUCCGUCGCCGGCGCCUCCUCCGUCGCCGGCGCCUCCUCCGUCGCCAUCGCCUCCUCCGUCGCCAUCGCCGCCUCCUCCGUCGCCAUCGCCGCCACCGUCGCCAUCGCCGCCACCGUCGCCAUCGCCGCCACCGUCGCCGGCGCCGGCGCCGUCGCCGGCGCCUCCUCCGUCGCCAUCGCCGCCACCAUCGCCGGCACCAAGUUCGCCCGCGGGCCCGGCUGGGAAUGGCGAAGUCUUCUUGUCGUCGAACGGCCCAAGCGCUUCGUCGUCUCGCAUGGCCACGGGGGCCGUGGCGAUCGCCGCCGCUUCUGCGGCCUCAGCGUUUCUUGCGAUCGGCGCGCUCUGCGUCUGGCGCCGCCGCCGGAAUGUCCAAGCAAGUGA